UGGGCUGCGGCCGGUGGCUUUUCACCUUGGCUUUGGGAGCUCUGCGCCCCUCUGAGUGGUUGUCACCACCCUGAGCACCAGCAGGGGGUCAUAUCCACCAUUGCCUCCCCCUGUGUCAGCAAAGACCCCCGCGCCUCCAGCCUGGGCACCCUCGCCCUGCCAGCUGCCACCUUAAAGGGAGCCACAGGCUGAGGCAGGAGAGAAGGAGGAGAAGGAAGGAAGGAGGAGGAGGAAGAAGAGGAGGAGGGGAAGAGGAAGGGCAGAGGAGGAGGAGGGCUGCACAUCCCUGUCCACGGUUCUCCUUCUCAGGUUCAUCUUUCUGUGACUGCUGGAAGGAAGAGAGAGGACCACAGAGGGAUCCCUGGAGCAUCCCUGCCUCGACUCAUCUCCCUCUUUCCUUCUGGGAACCCAAAGUCCAAUAACGCCCAACCAGGUCAGGAUGAAGCGCUUGGGCCUGGUGCCGGCGGCACUGCUGCUGCUGGUGGCCAUGAUCCGCAGCCCUGUGGUUCGGGGCGAGGAGGGACUGGAUUUCCCCGAAUACGACGGCGUGGACCGGGUGGUGGACAUCAAUGCCAAGAACUACAAGGCCAUCCUGAAGAAGUUUGACAUCCUGGCGCUGCUCUACCACGAGCCGGUGGGGGACGACAGGGCCUCCCAGAAGCAGUUUGAGCUGGAGGAGCUCAUCCUGGAGUUAGCCGCCCAAGUCCUGGAAGAUAAAGGGGUCGGGUUCGGCCUGGUGGAUUCGGAGAAGGAUGCCGCUGUGGCCAAGAAGCUUGGACUGUCAGAGGAAGACAGCAUCUACGUCUUCAAGGACGACGAAAUCAUUGAGUACGAUGGGGAGUUCUCUGCCGACACUUUAGUGGAGUUUCUCCUGGAUGUCCUGGAGGAUCCCGUGGAGUUCAUUGAGGGAGACCAUGAACUCCAGGCCUUCGAGAACAUAGAAGAUGAGCCCAAACUGAUUGGAUACUUCAAGAAUGAGGACUCAGAACAUUACAAAGCGUAUGAAGACGCUGCAGAGGAGUUCCAUCCUUACAUCCCCUUCUUUGCCACCUUUGAUAGCAAGGUUGCCAAGAAGCUGUCCCUCAAACUGAACGAAAUCGACUACUAUGAGCCUUUCACAGAGGAACCGGUCACCAUCCCAGACAAGCCAAACAGCGAGCAAGAAAUUGUGCAGUUCCUGGAAGAGCAUAAGAGGCCAACCCUGAGGAAGCUCCAGCCAGACAGCAUGUAUGAAACCUGGGAGGAUGAUAUCGAUGGGAUCCACAUUGUUGCUUUUGCAGAGGAAGACGACCCUGAUGGUUAUGAGUUCCUGGAGAUCCUGAAGGACGUGGCCGAAGACAACACAGACAACCCAGACCUCAGCAUCAUCUGGAUCGAUCCAGAGGACUUCCCACUGCUGAUCCCUUACUGGGAGAAAACCUUCGGCAUCGACUUGAACAGGCCUCAGAUUGGUGUUGUCAAUGUGACAGAUGCUGAUAGCAUAUGGCUAGAGAUGGACGAUGAGGACGACCUCCCUUCCACGGAGGAGCUGGAAGACUGGAUUGAGGACGUGCUCUCGGGAGAGAUCAAUACAGAAGAUGAUGAUGACGAUGACGAUGACGACGAUGAUGACGACGACGAUGAUUAAAGUUUGACGCCUCCCAUUUUUUGCAAAAGGCGGACCCUGCCUGGGGAGGCCCACCUGCGUUGCCUCUUUUCCCAGAAUGCCAUGCAGGUGGCUGCCACCGCAGUUGCAUCUGGCCUGUACCAAUGCUCCGUGUGCCACCAAAUCCUCACGAGAACGUAUUUUUAUAUUGAUCCUAUUGACGUUAAAUGGUGUUCCCCCCGUCCCAUCCCAACCUCUGCCCACCAACAUCUCUAGGUGACCCUACUCUUCUGGGAAAUCUGGUUUGGCCAAAUAAGUUUACUCUUCACUCCCGUCCAUUUUGGGCUCCGGUGGAGCCUUCUCUCUGCGGUCCUCUAUCCCACAGGUGUGAGAGAGGUGCCCACCUUGCACAGUCGGUAGUCCACUUUGUAAUCAUGUCCGCCAGGUGAAUGUCCCAUCAUCUCCCAUUGCUGGGUGAGGGCUUCCUAAGCAGCCAGUCAAGAGUCCCAGUUGCAACCAUCGAGCAACUGGGAUUCCGUCAGAAUUUGGGAUUCAUGUGGAAACAUGGCCACUUGGGGGGCAAUCUGAGGACCGUGGCUGAUCCCAGAUGGUGAGGUGGAAGCCAUUCUUCAUGGGGGAGGGAUGGGAUUUGGAUGGUCCUUGCCAUUUGGCCCCUUGGAAGGUGGACCAGGCAGAGUCCAGCCUCCUGCCAUUUCCACAGCUCCACCGUCUCCUUGGCUUCCAACCAUUCAGCAACAUCUGCUCCCCAAAAACGCCUGCCUUGCCGUCUUGGGACACUGUCUAGGAAGACCAUGCAAUUGUUAGAAACCAUGCUAGGCUACAAAAUGUUGCCAUGUUGCGCAGAUUUUGGCUGGAAUCCAGUCAGCCAGUCCCAAGUGGAGUCAAGGGCUGAACAAUGAUGGAGGCAAAUCCACUUGUUUCCAAUGACUCUGAACUGGGUUCAGGCCUAUAACUCCUGCAACCGUCCAUUGGCCAAGCCAGGCAUGGGGGGACUGGAAAGCCUUUCAGUUCCCCAAAAUAAUAGUUCCUAGUUCUGUGCUUUUCUGGAAUAAGGUGGGGGUUCUGCGUCUGGGAACCAGUCGGACCCCCAACCCACCUCUUCCCAGGCACAUGCCCACCCCGAACUCAAUGGCCAGGGGCAGCAUGAUUUCUAAUAGAGAACUGUAGUCCAGCUGUGCCACCCUCUUCAGCUCCGAAACAAAAGAGGAAGGACAGCUGGCUACUUCCUUAGUGGUUCCCCAAAAAUGUUUCCCAUCUGAUUUCCUCCUUGACACCAACACAGACACACACAUUUCUCCUUUUUGCUCACAUCCAUUUUGGGGAUUUGGAGUGUUUAUCUAAAAGAACUGUUGCACUUUUUCUCUGCCAAAUUUAUGUAACUUUAGCUCCUAGACUUUGGAGGUGACCAUUUGGUCCUUUGUGGGGCAGUGGUUUGACUGUCGGACCACAACUCUUUGUCCCAGUUCAGCCACAGAAACCCACUGGGUGACUUUGGGCAAUAAGUCACACUCUCAACCUCAGAGGAAGGCAAAGGCAAGCCCUCUCUCCAAACAAAUCUGGCCACCAAAACUCACGAUAGAGUUGCCACGAGUUGGAAAUGGUUGUAGUAGCAACCAAUUACAGCUCAAUCCCUGUGUUUCCUUUGGGGAAAGGGUUGGGAAAGUGCGGGGGAUCUGCGCUGCACAGCCGAUGGGGGGAUAAUGUACAAUUUGUAUAUUUUUCAACAACUUUGUACAGAUCAAACAAAGCAAUUAAAAAAACUUAUCUCAAACAACCAUCA